AUGAUCCCUCCACAUUUUGACGUAGAUAUUAAUCAGUUUUUGAUAACAAACGAAGAUUGUCGAAUUGUUUUUAUCACGAGUGGUGGCACCCAAGUACCUCUGGAAAAGAAUACAGUUCGAUUCAUAGACAACUUUUCAAUGGGGACUCGGGGAGCAGCCAGCGCAGAAUACUUUCUUCGGGCUGGAUACGCGGUCAUUUUCCUGCAUCGUGAAGAAUCGUUAAAACCAUUCUCAAGACACUUUCCGAAUAUUUUCAACUCGCUCACUUUGGAUUCGACAGGACAAAAUGUUGUCUGUAACCUCCCGAACUUGGCAAAUAUUUUGAAGGAAAAGUUCAAAUAUGAGAAAAAUAUCUUUUACGCAUCGUUCAAAACAUUUGAUCAGUACAUUGAACGACUUGAACACAUUUGUAUUCACCUCAAUCCAUUAGAAUCUCGAGCUAUGAUUUAUUUGGCUGCCGCUGUUUCUGACUUUGUAGUCACCGAACUACCAACACACAAGAUUGCGAGUAGCACGGAGUUGAGUCUUGAGCUUAGCGUUGCUCCAAAAGUAAUCGAGAGAGUAGUCAAUUGCUUUGUUCCAAAUGCGUUCAUUGUUUCUUUCAAGCUAGAAACUGAUGAGAGCAAACUGAUUCCAAAAGCCAAAGCAGCUCUGAACAAGUAUGGCCAUCAGCUUGUAAUCGCCAAUAUGCUGUCCACCAGAAAGCAAAAAGUAACACUCGUUCGAAAAAACAGAGAAGAUGGAGAAGAGAUCAUUCUUCCUGCUGAAAAAAUAAACGAAACUGAAAUUGAGUCGAUGAUAAUUCGUCGUCUAAGUGGACUUCAUCAAGAAUUUAUUGAAUCUAAACAUUAA